AUGAGCUCACCAGUGACACUUUCACCCUGGAACCAUAACUGCUCCUCCGAGCCUCCAUUUUUGGUCAUCCUCGUCACAAGCGAACCUUACAGCUUCAUAGUCCGAAAAGCAAUCCGCUCAACUUGGGCUAAGAACAGGGUAGUCGCAGGCAAACCUGUGUUGAUUGUUUUUUUACUGGGGUCCUUCCCUGGUAGUUCCAGAAAGCAGGUGGCACUAGCGGCGGAGGGCAGGGUUUAUGGAGAUGUUUUACAGAGGGACUUUGUGGACUCUUAUUACAACCUGACACUGAAGACACUGAUGGGCCUGCAGUGGGUGACCGAGGUCUGCCCUGGGGCCUCGUAUGUGUUUAAAACAGAUUCAGAUGUGUUUGUGAACAUUCAACGGCUUCUUCCCCUGCUCCUGCAAAGGGCUACUCACACACAUCUCUACACAGGCAGGGUCUCUUUGGAGGGAGAACCAGUCCGUAACCCCAACAGUAAAUACUACGUGAGUAAGACCGAGUUCCCCUUUGACUACUACCCUCCCUUCUGUUCGGGGACAGGGUAUGUCCUCUCAGUGGACCUGGUCUGGGACAUCCUGACCGUCAGUCCAACUGUCCGUGAGUUCAAACUGGAAGACGUCUUUAUAGGCAUGUGUCUCAACACAGUGGGGGUGCAGCCCAGCUACCUGAGCUCCGUACAGGGGUGA